CUGUUGAUUGCCGACAAUAUUUCUCUUAUAAUUCAGUGCCCCCCCCUGACGAAGAAGUGACAUUGUCGAAUUCAGAAUAUCUAUUUUCUUGCUAUUUUUUUUUUCUCUCUCUGGAAAACGCCCAGACCUUUCGACACCAAUUACCGAGGUCGACCGGCACUCCGGUACCGUCUCCAAGCCAAGCCACGUUAGCUUGGACUGGGUUUCCUUCAAACCCCCAAAAAGCUGUUCCGGUUCCAACUCAAAUAUCCCACCAAAACCACCCAGAAUACAGCUUGGCGUAGACCUUUUUUUUUACAGGGAGACUCACUCAACCUCCCCACUUCAACCGGCGUUGCCUGUCUACCCCAGUGACUACUCAACACUGGGAUCUUAUUUCCGCGAUACGUGACGGAAUCUCUGUAGUGCUUUGCAGGGUUGCAGCCAAUCUGCCCCUCACAUCUCCAAACAUUCCUGUAUCGGAGAUCGGCGACAGGACCCCUCAAAACCCAAGUUAUAUUCCAGUUUUACACCCGUACAGAAGACCUUCCCGAUUUUGAGACAGCCGACGCGUCUGCUGCUUAUUGCAGCCAUCCAAGUUUGCCCGACAUGUACACAACAUCAUUUGCCUUCUUCGAGGCGCUAUGGGAAGCCGGCGUCACGCAUUGCUUCGUCAACCUCGGUUCCGACCAUCCGAGUAUCAUUGAGGCGAUGGUCAAGGGCACACGGGAAAAGAAGGGCCAAUUUCCAAGAAUCAUAACAUGUCCAAACGAGAUGGUCGCCAUGUCCAUGGCGGACGGCUACGCCCGCCUAACGAACCAACCCCAGUGCGUCAUUGUCCACGUAGAUGUCGGCACCCAGGGCCUUGGGGCAGCCGUGCACAACGCAUCAACAGGACGGGCGCCAGUACUUGUCUUUGCGGGUCUUUCACCAUUCACGAUCGAGGGCGAGAUGCGCGGUUCCCGUACCGAGUUCAUCCACUGGAUCCAGGACGUGCCUGACCAGAAGCAGAUCGUGAGCCAGUACUGCCGCUAUAGUGCGGAGCUCAAGACUGGCAAGAAUGUGAAACAGAUGGUGGCCAGGGCCCUACAGUUUGCAACCAGCCAGCCUCAGGGACCCGUGUACCUGUACGGUGCGAGAGAGGUGAUGGAGGAGGAAAUCAAGCCGUAUGAAUUGGAUAAGAAGCUUGCCGAGCCGGUUGAGCUCGGCGCACUGCCGGCCAAGGCAGUGCAAAAGAUUUCCGAGGCUCUCGGUGGUGCGAAGCAGCCUAUCCUCAUCGUGGGCUAUGCUGCACGUAACCAGGAGGUUCCUGCUGCCCUCGUCGAGCUCGCAGAUACCGUGCCCGCUCUACAGAUCGUUGACACCUCGGGCAGCGAGAUGAGCUUCCCGGCGAAUCACCCGGCCUGGCUGGGUCUGAAGUACGGCGUCGCCCCCGAGAUCGAAUCGGCCGACGUCAUCAUCCUUCUAGAUGUCGACGUUCCUUGGAUCCCGACGCAAUGCAAGCCGCGUGCCGACGCUCGCGUGUUCCACAUUGACUCGGAUACGCUCAAGCAGAUGAUGCCGGUGUUUUACGUCUCUGCCGAGGCGCGAUACAGGGCAUGUAGUCUAACGGUCGUGCAGCAGCUCGCCGCGCACCUGAAGGCGAACAAGGCGCUGAUCACGAGCAAGACGGAGGCCGCCGCCCGAGAGAGCAGCCACAGCAAGCUGCUGGCCGCCAUUGAAGCGCGCUGCAAACCGCACGACGAUGGUACCUUCGGUGCGGGCUAUGUAUGCCGCAAGGUGAGGGCAUCGGUGCCCGAGGACGCCAUUUUCGCCGUGGAGGCAGUGACCAACACGUUAUUUACACACGAUGCUCUGCAACCCAUCCUACCCGGCUCGUGGUACAACUGCGGAGGCGGUGGCCUCGGGUGGUCCGGUGGCGCCGCGUUGGGAAUAAAGCUCGCUACCGAUACCAUCCACGGCGGCAAGGGCAAGGGAAAGUUUGUGUGCCAGAUUGUCGCCGACGGGACGUUCCUUUUCAGCGUCCCCUCCAGCGUGCACUGGAUCGGCAAGCGAUAUGGCAUCCCGGUGUUGACCAUCAUCUUGAACAAUGCUGGCUGGCACGCACCCAAGAGGUCCCUCCUCCUGGUUCACCCCGACGGCGAAGGAUCGACGGCGACGCACGAGGAGCUCAACAUUUCUUUUGACCCAGUGCCAGACUACUCUGGAAUCGCCAAGGCCGCAGCUGACGGCGACUUGUUUGCGGCGAGGGUGGACAAGGCGGCCGACUUUGAGGCCAAGCUGGCCGAGGCGAUCAAGGUGGUCAAUGGUGGCAUGUCGGCAGUGCUGGACUGCAAGGUCGUCCCUGGAAGCUAAACGUAUUACCAGCUUUGUUGAUAGGCAGUCGUGCCUCUUUCUUUCCUUUUGGGUAUAGACUGUUCUAGACUUGUGCUUGCUCAUCUAAUUAUGUGUGCUUGGCUGCGGGCAGCAAACGCAGUCCGUACCCGAGAAUCGUACGAGCAGAUUAGAUGGAAUAAGAGCUGAUUUCGAG